AUGAGGUUCUCCACGUCCGCUGCCGCCAGUCUCGCGACGGCGCUUCUCGCGCCAACGGUCACGGCCCUUGAUGUCGACCUCAACUCGCCAGCCUCCAUCAAGGCCGCCUGCAAGGUCCUUGCCAAGCAGCUCUUGACCUACUACCACGGCGACCAACCCGGCUGGGUGCCCGGCAUCCUGCCCGGUCCGCCGCCCAACGGCGACUACUACUGGUGGGAGGGCGGCGCCAUGUGGGGGACGCUCAUCGACUACUGGCGCUACACGCAGGACACGCAGUACAACAACAUGACGGAGACUGCGCUGCUCUUCCAGACCGGCCCGCCGCAGAACUGCUACAUGCCGCCCAACUGGACGGCCUCGCUCGGCAACGAUGACCAGGGCUUCUGGGGCCUGUCGGCCAUGCUCGCGGCCGAGUCCAACUUCCAGAACCCGCCCGACGACCAGCCGCAGUGGCUCGCCCUGGCCCAGGCCGUGUGGAACACGCAGGCCGCGCCCGACCGCCACGACCAGACGUGCGGCGGCGGCAUGCGCUGGCAGAUCCCGCUGACGAACAACGGCUACGACUACAAGAACUCCAUUGCCAACGGCAUCUUCUUCAACAUGGGCGCGCGGCUGGCGCGCUACACGAAGAACGACACGUACGCGCAGGAGGCCAUCAAGACCUGGGACUGGGUCGCCGGCGUCGGCCUGAUGUCGUCCAACUACGACAUCUACGACGGCGCGCACGUCGAGAAGAACUGCACCGACAUUGCCAAGGCGCAGUUUACGUACAACGCCGCCGUCUAUCUGCAGGGCGCGGCCUUUAUGUACAACUAUACCAACGGAUCGACGCUCUGGAAGAACCGCGUGCUCGGCCUCACCAACCGCGCCGUCAAGCUCUUCUUUGACCAGGGCGGCGCCGUCGAGAUCUCCUGCGAGCUCCCCGACCGCAUCCAGUGCACCACCGACAUGCUGACCUUCAAGGGCUUCCUGCACCGCUGGAUGGCCGCCACCACCCAGAUCGCCCCCUUUGUCCACGACAUCAUCAUGCCCGCCCUCAAAAAGUCCACCGCCGCCGCCAUGAAGUCGUGCGACAGCGCCGGCGUCUGCGGCUUCCGCUGGACCACCGGCGCCUACGACGGCAUGACCGGCGCCGGCCAGCAGAUGAACGCCCUCGCCGCCCUCUCGAGCCUGCUCGUCGACCAGGCCUAUGUGCACCCGCCCUUUGCCAACGGCACCGGCGCCACCAGCAAGGGCAACCCGGCCGCCGGCCUCGACACGACGGGCGUGCGCGACGGCCUGCUGGGGCCCGUCACCACGGCCGACCGCGCCGGCGCCGGCAUCCUGACGCUGCUGAUGCUGUCCAGUCUGUUGCUGGCGUGUGGGUGGCUGAGCACCAACAUGUCGGAGAACGGCAAGUGGAACUCGCUGUCGUGA